AUUAUGGGAGGAACUUCAACCCGCACGGACCGGAGUGACGUCACAGCAUGCAGCACCAUAUCUAUCUUGUAGUGAUAGUGACGCAGGAAACGGUGGCUGAAAGUCGAUAAAAAGCAAAGGUUUGGACGUCGCUGCUCGUAAUGAUGCUGGAGAGGAGCCGCGUGACGCUGCUGGCUGACAUAGUGCUCAGCACGAGGGGAGCGGAAGAGGAGGAGAGCGUCCUCUGCCGGUGCUCCAGAGCGUUCGUCCAGGAUCGGGACCUAUACCGGUCUGAUAAUAAAGUCCUGUGUGAGCUGGGAGAUGCUGCAUUUCAAGAAGGUGAUGAUGAUAAUGAAGAAGAGAGACACGAAACAGAUGAUGAUUAUGAGGAGAAGGAGGAGGAGAAACAAGGAACGGCUUAUGAUGAUGAGGAGGUGGAGGUUUUGGAAGAAGAGGCUCAGCUGAUGGUCAGCAUGGGUCUGCCUUUGGCCUUUGCCAGCUCUUCUGAUCUGAGGAGAGCGAGAAAGAGUGCUGUCAGGAAGCCUGUCACCUCCUGGGCUGCACCUCCAAAGGAGGAUAAAGAGGUGAUUCUGCUGGAGGAUGAAGUAGAGGAGGAGGAGGAGGAGGAGUGUGACUCCACGGAAGAAGAAACAGGAAUCCAGGAAACGCAAAACACCCAGAAUUCUGGUUGGGAAUCUUACUGGGCUCACCAUGGUGAAGGUCUGCUGUGGCAGAGCUGGUUGGACAAACAUCCAGAGACUGAAUCGCUUUUUGCAGCAAACCCAGAAUGCACUGUUUGUCCGUGGGAUAACCCUGACACAAAGACCACGUGGGACCAACAUGCUGCAGAGACUUACUACUACUACUGGGAGCAGUACUCCUACUGGGCCACCCAGGGCUGGACCGCUGACCCCUCUGUUUCUGUUUUUAAUGAGAACACUGGCAGAGAAGCAGCAGAGAUGCACUCAGAAGAAAGCAGGGGUCCACAGACUGGAGUGGAGGAGGAGGAUAAUGAUGUUGACCUUUUGAGCGACCUGUUUGUCCAGAACUGCAGUACACACAGCAUGACUCCACCUGAAAGUGAUGGUCAGUGUUUGCAUCAGGCCACAGACACAGAUCAGCCACAGGUGGGCGACGGUGGAUCUGAGUGUCCUUGUGAUGGAGGGACUGAUCGUAAGAGGCCGGCUGCCUCCGCAGGGCACAGCUCGGAACAGAGUGGAGAUCAUCAGUGGAGCGGUAACAAUGUGGACAGACUGUCUGACAAUAACAUGUCAAGUCGAGAAGAUGACAGUGAUGAUGAAAAAGCUCCAGGAAGAGGAUCGGCUAAAGUCAAACGCAGUCAUGAGCUGGAUAUGGAGGAGAAUCAGCAUUUGAUAUCUGAGGAAGCUUGGAAUAAACUUGGACUGAAACGCAGUUUGGAUCCAAGUCUUGACCGUGUGUUCACCUUUAAAGUCAGUCCUGGCCACAAACAUCAUCAUCAGAGGUGGACAAAAAGAGCAUCGAAGUGCACCAAUAAACACACAAGGUUUACAGAGAAGGAGGACGGCAGAGGAAACGCACAGCCACAGAUCAGCUCCACCCUCCUCAAGGUACAAAACUUCCUUCAGAAGGUACAGACAGAGACGCAAAUAUUUCUGAGUGACCAGGAGGACACGGGAAGAGUCAGCAAGCAAGAGCCCAAAGACAAACCUCCAAUAUUAGAAGAAGAGGAGGAGGAGGAGAAAAAGGAGCAGAUGAUCAACUAUUCUGUGAACACCAGUGGAGAAAGAGAAGAUGAUGAGAAUCCUUUGUCAGAAAGGACAAGCUGCCCUCUGUUCACCAACAUCAGCUCUGUUAAUGCUGGUGUUAUUAUUAGUCAGGAUAAAGAAGAAGAGGAGGAGGAGGUGGAGGAGGAAGAGCAGUCUACUAGAAAGCUAGAAUGUCUUGAAAUUCCUGACUUUCUCUUACCUGGUGCUCCUGAAUGCAGCAGUGAUCUGAAUGUGAAGCAUAAAGAAAAAAGAAAGAAGACGAGGGGAAGGAGACAGCAGAUACCAGCUGAGAUGGCAGCUGAACCCGAGCUGGAGAAGUACUGGGCUCAGCGCUACAGGCUCUUCUCUCGCUUUGAUGAAGGGAUCAAGCUGGACAGAGAAGGAUGGUUUUCUGUCACACCUGAGAGGAUUGCUGAGCACAUUGCUCUCAGAGUCAGACACAGCUUCUCAGAUGCCCACCUUGUCAUCGAUGCCUUUUGUGGUGUUGGAGGAAAUGCCAUUCAGUUUGCCCUCACUGGAAUGAGAGUCUUGGCCAUUGACAUCAACCCAGUGCGGUUGGAUUUGGCACGACACAACGCCACAGUUUACGGUGUUGCUGAUCGGAUCGACUUCCUGCAAGGUGACUUCUUGGUGUUGGCACCCAGUCUUCGUGCUGAUGUGGUGUUCCUGUCUCCUCCAUGGGGUGGACCUGACUACAUGACAGCUGAGGUGUUUGACAUCAGGACCAUGAUGGAGCUUGAUGGCAUUGAAAUCUUCCGCUUGGCCAAACUGAUAUCGGACAAUGUAGUAUACUUCCUGCCUCGCAAUGCGGAUAUGCAUCAGAUUGCCUCUCUGGGCGGUCUAGGUGGGAGAGUGGAGGUGGAGCAAAACUUCCUCAACAGUAAGCUGAAGACUAUAACGGCUUACUUUGGCACCUUGAUCAAAUGUGAUGACGAGUAAAUCAGACGAACAGGAAGUGGAAUAAGCUUACUGCUCUUUGUUGGACUAUAUUCCUGUUACUUUUCCAUCAUUAGAGUUUAG